CAGUGUGUGUGGGGGUGGCUGAUGGCCAGCCCCACAGCAAGCUGGUGAUGCCAGACUGCAGCCAUCCCCUGUCCCACAGCCAAAGGCCCAGAGGCCCCUCCUGGAUCAGCAGCGUGGAUCAAAGACGUUGACAGCCGCUGGCCACGGCCCCUCUCAAAGGUGAAGACAAUAAAAUUUAUGACUGGCGCUCUAUCAGACAACAGAGGAGCAUAAAAGCCGCAGGAAGAGUGAGAGCCCAUUAGUCUGCAGACAUCUGGAAGGUUCCGGCAUGGGGCUGCUGCCCUGCGCUUUCCUCCUGGGGCUGCUACUGCUUCUGGGGCAAGGAACGACCCAGGCCCAUACUUCCCCUGGAGAGAACACAUUGGAAGAGCAGCUGUGGCCGGAGGGGCAGAGCCUGAAGAGUUUUUCAUUCUUUUGCAACUCAGAGAAUGUGCCUUCUCCAGGAUCCAGUGUGCCUUCUAACUCAGUUCACUCUCUGAGACCUUCUGAUAUUAAAUUUGUGGCAGCCAUUGGCAAUCCUCCAGACUCAGGGACGGACGACCUGGAGAAACAAGAAUGGACUGAAAAGCAGGAGCUGCAAGCGUGCAUGGGAGUGGUGACUGUCCUUUCAGAUGUCAUUAGAUACUUCAAUCCAUCUGUUCUGAAGCCCAUAUGCCCCCUCGGGACCGGAGCGGUAGGCCGUGCUGCUGCUGAAGACUUGUGGAUUCAGGCAAAAGACCUAGUGAGGAACAUGAAAGAGAACCAGCAACUUGACUUUCAAAAUGAUUGGAAACUCAUCAAUGUGUUCUUCAGUAAUGCUAGCCAGUGUCAUCUGUGCUCCUCCACCCAACAGCAAAGUCAUGUGACAAGCAGCCUGGACCAGCUGACCAGGACACUGGACUACCUGCAACAGGAGGUCCCCAAAGCAUUUGUGAACCUGGUCGAUCUCUCUGAGGCCCUGAGGGGCUCACACUGGCAUCAGAAGACUCUGCUUAGCCCCACGGCCCAGCCCUGCAGGUGCUCAGGGGAGACCUCGCGGCUGAGCAGUGUUGUGACCCAGUGGGCUUACCAGGAAACUUGGGAACGUCUCCUGGCCUCCAGCAAGUACAACGAGCAGGAGUCCUUCGUGGUCGUCUUCCAGCCUUUCUUCUACGAGAGAGCCCUGCCGCCACCCUCAGGGGAGCAGCCAUUCCAGGAUCCCACUGCUCUUGGCUUGACUCUCUGGAACAGCAUGUUGCAGCCAGCAGGACAGAAAGAUGAACCGUUUAGUGCAAAAGAGAGGCCUCUGAAAUGUCCCUCCCAGGAGAAUCCCUAUCUGUUCACCUAUAGGAACAGCAACUAUCUGCCCAGGAUGCUAAAGCCCCAGGUGAAGACUGAGGUGAGAGAUGGAGCGGAAAUCAGGUGCUCUGACAAGGAUCCCUCUGACACGGUUCCCACCUCAGUUCACAGGCUGAAGCUGGCUGACAUCAAGGUCAUCGGAGCCCUGGGCGACUCGCUCACAGCAGGUAACGGGGCCGGGUCCAAGCCUGGAAACGUCCUAGACGUCUUGACUCAGUAUCGAGGUCUGUCCUGGAGUGUGGGCGGCGACCAGAACCUCAGCAGCGUCAUCACCCUGCCCAACAUGCUCCGGGAGUUCAACCCUUCCCUGAAGGGCUUCUCUGUUGGCAAGGGAACAGAAAGCAGUUCUGGGGCCUACCUAAACCAGGCUGUGGCGGGAGCCCGAGCUGAGGACUUACCUGUUCAGGCCAGGAGGCUGGUGGACCUGAUGAAGAAUGACAAGAAUAUAAAUUUUCAGGAAGACUGGAAGAUAAUAACCCUGUUUAUAGGUGGCAAUGACCUCUGUGAUGUCUGUGAUGACCCGGUCCGCUACUCUCCGCAGAACUUCGUGGACAACAUUGGGCAGGCUCUGGACAUCCUCCACGCUGAGGUGCCUCGGGCCUUUGUGAACCUUGUCAAGGUGCUGGAGAUCAUCAACCUGAGGAAGCUGUACCAGGAAAAGAAUGUCAGCUGCCCGAGGCUGAUCCUCCGGAAUCUGUGUCCCUGUGUCUUGAAGUAUGAUGAUAAUGCGACAGAGCUUGCCUCCCUCAUCGAAGUGAAUAAGAAGUAUCAGGAGGGGACUCACCAACUGGUCGAGAGUGGGCGUUAUGACACCAGGGAAGAUUUUACAGUGGUUGUGCAGCCGUUCUUCGAAAAAGUGGACAUGCCCAUGACCCCGGAGGGGUUGCCUGACAACUCUUACUUUGCUCCUGACUGUUUCCACUUCAGUAGCAAGGCUCAUGCCCACGCAGCCAGUGCCCUGUGGAACAACAUGUUGCAACCUGUCGGCCAGAAGACAAGACAGCAUAAUUUUGAAGACCAGAUCAAUAUCACAUGUCCAGACCAGGCCUGGCCAUUUCUGAGUACCUACAAGAACCUCGUGCAGGAUUACGGGAGCCAGCUGCUGUGCAGUGACAGAGCCCCUUCUGCCUCACCACCCACCUCAGUGCACACCCUGAGACCUGCAGACAUCCAGGUGGUGGCCGCUCUGGGGGAUUCUCUGACCGUAAGGACUCUUGGGCCCCGUCCUUGCAGGGCCGGCAAUGGAAUUGGCUCCAAACCGAAUGACCUUUCUGAUGUCACCACUCAGUACCGGGGGCUGUCGUACAGUUCAGGAGGGGACAGCUCCCUGGAGAAUGUGACCACCUUACCGAAUAUCCUUCGGAAGUUUAAUGGGAAUCUCACAGGCUAUGCAGUGGGCACAGGAGAUGCCAAUGAGACAAAUGCAUUCCUCAAUCAAGCUGUUCCUGGAGCUAAGGCUGAGGAACUUGUAAACCAAGUCCAGACUCUGAUACAGAAGAUGAAAUCCGACCAUAGAGUAAAUUUCCAUGAGGACUGGAAGGUCAUCACGGUGCUGAUUGGAGGCAAUGAUUUAUGUGACUACUGCACGGACUCGAAUCUUUAUUCUGCAGACAACUUUUUUGACCAUCUCCGCAAUGCCUUGGACAUCCUACAUAAAGAGGUACCCCGGGCGCUGGUCAACCUUGUGGACUUCAUGAGCCCCAGUAUCAUGAGGCAGGUGUUCCUGGGGAACCCCGACAAGUGUCCUGUGCAUCAGGCCAGCAUUUUAUGCAAUUGUGUUCUGACCCCGCGGGAGAGCUCCCAAGAGCUGGCCAAGUUGGAGUCCAUAACCCGAGCCUACCAGAGCAGCAUGCGCGAGCUGGUGGAGUCCGGUCGGUACGAGACGCGGGAGGACUUCUCUGUGGUUCUGCAGCCCUUCUUCUACAACAUCCGGCUCCCUGUCCUGGCGGAUGGGCGCCCAGAUGUGUCCUUCUUUGCCCCAGACUGCCUCCACCCAAGUCAGAAAUUCCACUCCCAGCUCUCCAGGGCUCUUUGGAUCAACAUGCUUGAACCACUGGGAAGGAAAACAGAUACCCUGGAUCUGAUGGCAGACAUACCCCUCUCCUGCCCUGCUCAGAUUGAGCCCUUCCUGCGAACCCCCCGGAACAGUAACUACACAUACACCACCACGCCAGCCAUUGAGAACUGGGGCAGUGACUUCCUUUGUACGGAGCAGAAUCCUUCCAACAGUGUCCCCACAUCAGUCCAUGAGCUCCGACCAGCGGAUAUCAAAGUGGUGGCUGCCCUGGGUGACUCGCUGACUACAGCAGUAGGAGCCCUACCCAGCAACUCCAGUGACCUUCCCACAUCCUGGAGAGGACUCUCCUGGAGCAUUGGAGGGGAUGGCGACUUAGGGACCCACACCACACUUCCCAACAUUCUGAAGAAGUUCAACCCCAACAUCCUCGGCUUCUCCACCGGCACCCAGGAGGAGACAGCGGGGCUGAAUGUAGCCGCAGAAGGGGCCAGGGCUCGGGACAUGCCAGCCCAGGCCCGAGACCUUGUGGAGCGAAUGAAAACCAGCCCUGAAAUCAACCUACAGAAAGACUGGAAGCUGAUCACACUCUUCAUUGGGAGCAACGACUUGUGCCAUUACUGUGACAAUGAGGAGGCCCGCUCUGCUGAGGAGUAUGUUAAGUACAUCCGGCAAGCCCUGGACAUCCUCUACGAGCAGCUUCCACGGGCUUUCAUCAACGUGGUAGAGGUCAUGGAGCUGGCUGACCUGCACCAGGGUCAAGAUGGAAAAUGUGUCAUGCCACUGCCAGCCCAGAGCAACUGCACCUGCCUCCAAGGCUCCCAGGAGAACCUGCCGGAGAUGCAAGAGUUAAAGACGGUGAACUGGGACUUCCAGAGUGCCCUGUCGACACUCUCCUACCAGUACCUGCAGCGUGAGGACUUCGCCGUGGUUGUACAGCCUUUCUUCCAAAACACUCUUGUCCCCCUGAACAAGAGAGGGGGCGCUGACCUCACCUUCUUCUCCGAAGACUGUUUCCACUUCUCAGAACGUGGGCACGCGGAGAUGGCCAUCGCUCUCUGGAAUAACAUGCUAGAACCCGUGGGCCAUAAGACCACCUCCAACAACUUCACCUACAGCCGAACCAAGCUCAAGUGCCCCUCUGCUGAGAACCCCUAUCUCCGCACCCUGAGGAACAGUCAGCUGCUCCAAAACCAGGCUGACACAGAACCCCCAGUGCUCUCCUGGGCCGUGCCAGUGGCGGCAGGAGGAGGCCUGGUGGUCGGUGUCGGUGCAGUGAUGACCUGGAGAGCCCUAAGAGGUCGCCAGAAUGAAAACUCUCCCCUAAGUCUGAACACCAUGAGCUUCUAGGCCUGCCAGCCUUGCCUGGGCUCUCAUCCUGAACUCCCUAGCCCUCCACCUCGGCCCCCGUUUGCCCACUACAGAGGCCAUUCCAAAGCUGGGGCACAGGAGGCCACAUGGAUAGUCAUGACUUCCUGGGCCUGGGACCUAUUCUCCUGGAAUUGGUGCAUUUAAAUAAAGGCCAAAGCUGUUCUAUUCUUG